AGGCUGAAGAGAUAUUUUGGCCCCAAAAAUCUAAAAAUAAACAAAAAAAUUUUAAAAUGGUUCUCUGUGGUAUGUGCUGAGGAUGUGAAGGCAGUCUUCACAGUAGGAGUGAGAAAGAAGCACGUUGAGAAGCUAUCAUGGAGUCAUCUCCGAUUGUUCCUUUCUCACAGAUCUCUUUCUUCCUUCCUAAACCUAGUAGAACCAGAGGUUUUGCUUCUCCUACUCGUCCAUGGAAGCAAAGAACUAACCGAACCACUCGUCUUCGUUGUCAAAAGAUGUUCGUUCCUGGAUUUGGGGAAGCAUCACCUGAAGCAAAAGCUGCUACAAAUCUUCAUAAUUUCUUUACAUUUGUAGCUGUUAAGAUCGUUAUGGCACAACUUGAGAGUUAUAAUCCUGAGGCGUAUGAGGAAUUAAUGGAAUUCUUAGGUAGAACUUCAUUGAAUGAUGGAAACAAGUUCUGUGCAAAUUUGAUGAGAGAGUCACCAAGACAUAAAAAUUUAGCUCUACGGAUUUUAGAGGUUCGAUCUGCUUACUGCAAAAAUGAUUUUGAGUGGGAAAACAUGAAGCGACUAGCUUUUAAGAUGGUAAAUGAUUCCAACACAAAGCUUAUGAGGGAUUAUGUUUUAGAAACCAGUCAUGAGGAGAGUUAAAAGUGAUAUAUUGUUGGCCUGCCCUUUUUGUCUCUAUCUCUACCUAAUGAAUAAUCUCUAAUAUAUGAUGAGAAUCAAACACAUGUAAGGUCUCACAACUGGUCCUUCAGGCACCACCAGUUCUAUAGUUCUAUCACAGAAAGUACUUUCAGCUCAGCCAGAAAAAGAAGAGAGAGAAGGCCUUGGUGGUUCAGCUAGUUGCUGAAGAAAGAGAUGCUAGGAGGACUGACAUUCCAAAAAAGCUCUACAAAACUGGAAAUGGCAAUCCCUUGCUCUGCCUCUGGUGAAGCUUGGAAGUUCAAGGAGUUUCUUGUUGUAACUAUGUAUUCUCAUCGACAGCAUUUGGUUUUCCUCCAUAAUUUUCAUAUGUAAUAAAUUGAAAUCUUAAUGAUACAUAGCCACUUUGUGUACUCAAUAGAUAUCUUUUGAAAUCUUUUCUCCCAUUUUUAUGCCAUUUAUGAUAGAUAAACUGGGAGUAUCA